AUACGGAGGAUGAUGCAGCUUAAUUUGUCUUUUUUUCAUUUUUUUUCUUUCAAGAAAAUGAUCCAUAGUCCAGCAUAUAGGGGAUGGAUCUAACUAUCAAAAUUCUCUUGUACUAGGUCUUAUAAUAUCGAGAAAUUGUUAUAUGGUAUAAGAUUCUUAUAUGUUUUAAUGAAAUUUUGCAUGACAUACGAUUAAGUCUUUUUAGUAUUUCUAAAUAAAUUGAAAAUCUCUAUAAUAUAUCCUGUAAAAAAAAACUCCAUAUCACAAGAAAAAUAGUCAAGACCAUACACAUGAUAGUACGUAGUAAACAAUUUAAUAAUUUCUUGCGGCCAAAUUGUAUGUAGCACAGUUAAAAGCACAACCUAGGACUGAGGAGCACAAUACUCUGAAUAAAUAGACAAGGGAUCUUGUCUUUCUUACUGCAAGUGAAGAAGUGAAAAAGUGCUGAAGUGAACACAAUGGAGAGAAGGGUUGGCUAUGAGGUGCUGGUGGCUUUGGUGACCCUUUUGGUUUUCUCAUUGACUUGUGUCACUGCUUCACCAUCAGGGCCAACAAAACUUCAAGACCAUGUGAAGCAAUUCAGGGGGAAUCUUCUUGCUAAUGGCCUUGGUAGAACUCCUCCAAUGGGAUGGAACAGUUGGAAUCAUUUCAGCUGUCAAAUUAACGAAAAAAUGAUCAGAGAAACUGCUGAUGCCCUUGUUUCUACUGGUCUUUCCAAGCUUGGAUACACCUAUGUUAAUAUAGAUGAUUGUUGGGCUGAAUUAAAUCGGGAUGCUAAGGGUAAUCUGGUAGCAAAAAAAUCAACAUUUCCUUCUGGAAUCAAAGCUCUUGCAGAUUAUGUUCACAGCAAGGGUCUUAAGCUUGGAAUUUAUUCAGAUGCUGGGUAUUUUACUUGUAGCAAACAGAUGCCUGGUUCUCUUGGUCAUGAGUUUCAAGAUGCCAAGACUUUUGCAUCAUGGGGUAUUGAUUAUUUGAAGUAUGAUAACUGUAACAAUGAUGGAUCGAAACCAACUGAUAGAUACCCUAUUAUGACUCGAGCUUUAAUGAUGGCUGGUCGUCCAAUCUUCUUCUCACUAUGUGAAUGGGGAGACUUGCACCCAGCUUUAUGGGGUGCUAAAGUGGGAAAUAGCUGGAGAACUACCAAUGACAUUAAUGAUUCAUGGGAAAGCAUGAUUUCAAGGGCAGACAUGAAUGAAGUUUAUGCAGAGUAUGCAAGACCUGGUGGUUGGAAUGAUCCUGAUAUGCUUGAGGUGGGAAAUGGAGGGAUGACAAAAAAUGAAUAUACUGUUCACUUCAGUUUAUGGGCCCUUUCCAAGGCACCUCUUCUUCUUGGCUGUGAUGUUAGAAAUAUAACUAAAGAGACCAUGGAGAUAGUAGCUAACAAGGAAGUUAUUGCAGUUAACCAAGAUCCACUUGGUGUACAAGGUAAAAAGGUUAGGAUGGAAGGUGAUGAAGAGAUUUGGGCAGGUCCUCUUUCAGGGUACAGGGUAGCUGUUGUCUUGCUUAAUCGUGGCCCUUGGAAAAUAUCAAUUACAGCCAACUGGGAUGACAUUGGUAUUCCACCAAAAAGUGCUGUUGAAGCUAGAGACCUUUGGGAGCACAAGACAUUGAUGAGACCCUUCGUGGAUAAAUUGACUGCCACAGUUGAUCCACAUGGGUGUAAAAUGUACGUGCUGAAGCCACUGGCUUGAGUUUUCUGAAACAAAUUUUUGGAUUGCAGCUUUUGGAGUAACUUAUGUCAAUAUUUGUUUUUCUUGCUGAGUGAUAACUUGUACACGAGCUUCACUUCAAUAAACCUUUUCAUUUGCUUCUAUUGAUAGAAGCUUGAUACGUUAUUUAGUGUACCAGCUCAAUGGAAUCAGUCACUUAGAUGAUAUAAUAAAAUGAAGCUGUUUGCAUGCAAA